AUGGACCAGAAGUCCUCCCCAAGUCUGGAGUCUCUGGUUGCACUCUGGCCGGUAGCGACUACUCUGAGCGAGCACCUUCCAGUGGGAGAUUUGAUCAGUCUUGCGAGACUAAGUGUCACUCUUCGCGCACUUCUUCAUGGGUUCGGUCAGCCUCAGGAUCUCUCUGUGCCUCCAGACCCUCGCCUGGUCCGGAAAGAAUUGUUUCUUGGCGACCAUGGUACACCAUACUGGGAGAGGUUGAAAAGUCAAGCUCCUUUCGAGUGCUCAUCUAAGGCACACACUAAAGGUGCAAAUCCGAGACCUUGCCGUUACUGCUCAAGGCCCAUUUGUUCGGCAUGCAUCGUCCGGUCGUCUUUUGCCAGAGGUCACGAGAACACCUUCCAGAACCGAACUCGAUAUCUUUGCAAGGACUGCUGGGACUCUGGAAGUCAGAGCCGUAACCAUCGGUUUCCCCUUCAUCCUUCAUCACAUUCCACGCACAAAAGGCAGUGGCAGGAUCCGGACGGUAGCACCAAAGACUAUUGUACUUGUACCCUCAAGGAUGACGGCUGGCUCUGUCUCGACUGCAAAGAUAUGCAGAACUGGGAAGCAAUCUCCACAGGGGAGACGCAUUGCCACGGUCGUGGCUGUGGAGCAAGUCUUGACGCCGACAAAGAGCGGAGGAGAAUUUGCCUAUGGUGUGACAAAGCUCUCCCCAGACAAAUCGGCGGCACGACCCGUCAUCAUUGGAACAACAAGCUGAUCGAAGCUCGAGCUCGGAACGCCGCGUCGCGUCAAGCAGAUAUGGAAGAAUACAACAAAAAGCGCCAAAAACUAUUGACAAUGUCUCGCAGAGAUAUGCGAGGGAAUGAUGCAGUCAAAGACGACCCAGAUGCUGAUCUUCCACAGUUUGUGAGACACCUCGACACGCUCAACUACCGCAGCUACAUGGAAGAGUCCGCCGCCCCCAGCGGCGACAGUGUCUACGACUCAAAGCGUGGCUAUUGGAGGUACAGCGCGCAAUUCAUUUUAGCAAUGAGAGCUCGCUGUGAUAAAGUACCAGCACCACCCGAGCUGGCUACCUUCAAUCAAAAGGAUGAUACAGCACUCUGCUUUGCGCGGACCAAUUCAGAGAAGUUGGAAGACGUCUUCUUACUUACAAGCAUGGCUCCCUCUAUGUCGGAAGAGCGUCUGAACGACUGGUGCAACCUCAAGGCCUUAAUUCUUGAGCUUCUCCUCGUACAGAAGAUGACUUAUGAAACAACACAAAAGACCAUGGGAGAAGAAUAUGAUUUCUGGGCCAACACCAAGGGAUAUCGAAAGGUUCUCCAUUUGUGGUACUCUCAAGGCCAGAUUAGCAAGUAUCGAAGAGGAUCAUCAGUCGACCGCGAUGGCGACAAAGGUAGUCCUGGACCCUCCGACAACGAUGACAGAGGUCUGAAGAGGAUACCCACGAUCGACAGUGAUCUCGCUUCCAUCUCCGAAGAGCCCAACCUGCGGCGAACAACGACCGCCUCGUCAUUCUCCUCAACUUUUACAGAUGCGGCCAAAGACGCUUUCGGUCUCAAGAGGCAGCGAGAACGGCGGUCAGUCUCUUCAAUACCCGCCCCGGUCGACCAAACCAGUUCGGGCCGACCAGGACAGCUCAUCCAAGCAACCACUCAUUCUGCCACUGAUAUACAACCUAGUGACACGAUCGCCGAGCCCGAGAUCAACCCUCCUGCAGCCGAUGAGGAGAACCCUCCACCAUACUCACCAGAUGGAUGGAUCUGGCCGUAA